GCCCGUGAGGAAGGUAACCAGUUAUGGCACGAGGGGAUCUUCUAGAAGAAAUGUUCUGAUUUCAGAUGGGAUAACUGGGCUGUGAAGCAGAGGCAUCUAUGACUGCAAUCUCAAGAAAGAGUGUAGGGAAAAACUGGGUUGUGUGUAGGUCUCUGUCGUCACCACGGGAGGGAAGAGGAAGCUGGGUUACAAAUCUGACACGCUUUCAUUUGUUGUUUUGCUGAUCUUCGACAAAGACAACCUGAUGCAAGUACUAAUAAUCCUGCGUGAUGAUCAUAAUUUCACUGAAACUUCUUUUGACAAUGUGUUUUGGCUCCUUAGCUACAGGUCCCAAUAACUUAACAGUCAUCCAAACACCAACAAAAAUACAUCUGUCAAUUGGAGACUCCACUGAAAUUGCCUGUAUUUGGGAAAAAUCAAUUAUAAGAUAUAGAAUAAGCUGGUAUCUUGUUACUAAAGAGAAUGUAACAAAAACUAUAUCAUCAAGCCUUCUCUAUUUACCCAACGUCACCCAUGACAACAAGGAUGUGCUAGUGCUAAAAACUGUCAACGUAAAUGACACUGGAUUUUACUACUGUGAGAUAAUUAUUGAAAUACCUUUCUGUAAAAAACUCUGUGGAAGUGGAACAACGUUGAUCGUUGAAGAGAAAGCUCAGUCAUCGGAGAAGAAAGUUUUGGCAGUUUGGGCCAUCAUUCCUUUCUUAGUGGCAGUGGGAAGCUUGUAUUGCUGCUACAAAAAGAAACGGAACUCAAAACUUUCUGGUUCUGCCCCACUUCCUGUGCCAGAAGGAGGGCGUCAGGAGGAGCAGACCCUUGAGGCAGCAGAACUUUGUGGGAGAAAUGAAUCUACCAGUGAAGAAGCUGAAUGGGCUGUGUCUACACUUUAUGAAUCACUUGAUUCUUUCUACUAUGAAUCAAAAUAAAAGAUGACAAAUCCACCGUCACUACUGUAUCCAGUGCAACAGAUGAGCAAAUCCCACAACGAGGGCAGCUGCAAAGUGUAGAACAAGAGCGAGGUGAGGAUCUGCCAUCGACUUUGACAUUCAAAACUAAAGAACCAUGUAAUAAAUACAAUAUGGUUAAACAUUUUAUGAAACUGAAAACAUUAUAAUAAUAUGCUGCUGAAAAAUGGAUUACAUGAGUUUCCUGUGAGAAGUAUGCAAGAGGAACGAUAUACAAGAAAAAAGGUUGGUUUGAAAGAAUUUUGAAUGUUUUGUCACUAACUUUAUUGUAAGGAGUCUGAAUUUUGAGAGUAUGUAAGUUUAGAAGACUGUCUUCAACUCUUUCUCCCCAUAUCCGGAGUGCAGGAAUAAUAAAGAAUGUAUUAUACUUUGAAAAAUCUUCUGGACUGAACAACUUUUUCCAACAAAAGCUUUUAUUUAGGCAGCCCAUGUAUACAUAGCAGAAGGUAAUGAAAAACUGCACAUCAUGGUCAUCACUUGAAUAAACAGACAAUACUACAAAUAGGAUGAAGUCCAGUCUCUGAGAAGAUCAUCCAUGCUGACAACAGCAUAGCAAAAGUGGUGUGCCAGGAGGUUUUAUGUUGCUGUGGAAGGGUACAGCUUCUAUUCAUUCACAGUGCUCUGAGAAGUAUUCCAGAGAAGGUAGUCUCUUAUGUACAAAGAAAUGCUUGGUUUAAAUGAAGUUAUAUAUAACAUAGUUAUGUAUAAUUAUUGCCUGCUCAAAGAGAUUUGUCUGGAACAGAUGUGAAUGUUAACGCUUUUUCCCCUUUUGCCAGCUCUAAAACUUCAUAAAAUCACUGAAGAACUAAAUCAAAACUGAAAAUGUAAGUAAAUCCUGGCUUCCAGGGUCUGAUUAGGGGUGAAAAACAUUGAGAGCAGAGUGACCGGCAGUUGUCCAAGGACUGCCAACUACAAAGAACAGAUAUUGGAAAUGUGAAUGUAUUUAUGUGACAGGUUUGUUUUGUCCUCUGAAGGAUUUUCAGAGCUUAGCUGGAGGUGAGACCAUCUUGCUGAUGAUGUAGGGGGAGAAACAGCUCCACUGCUCUUCCAGAAGUUUGUUACAACCUGGGCAUUGCAGUAGACACAGACCAGCUUCCCCAGAGGCCCUGAAAGCAGUUGGCACUAUCUAAGUGUGUGACUGCCUUGCUGCUCAGCAUCCUGCAAUGAAAUCUUUGGGACUGUACAGCACAGCUUGUGCUCUGGCUCUUCCUGUGCUAUAGUGACUACAGUUUGCAAAGCUAGUUCUUGAAGUGCUGUAGCUUCUGGCCCCCUGCUUGGUGUGUGUCCUGGUCCCUGGAAUGUCCUGUAACCUGCCCUGAGGCAUUCUGGAGAGUGUGCUGUUGUUCAAAAUACUCUAAUCGCUGCUUUGUGAACAUAUGCCGUAUGAGAGAAACAGUUUCUUAUACUGCAUCUUAUACUACAAUUUAUGUAUAAAUUAAAUAAAGCAAGAGGAUUUUCUUUUCCUCCUUCUGAA